UCCAAAAAUAAAAAAAAGGAACAAUAUUUUGGGUCUCUAAGGAAUAUAAAAAAAUUAAAAAUAAAAAAGUUCUAGUUGAACCUAGAGGUGCCAAAAACUAACCCGACUAUCCGACCCGAUCCAAUCUAACCUGUAAAAAAUUCGAUUUAAAUUUUAACUCAUAUUGACACAACAAUUAACAUGAUUUAACUUUGAAAUAUAUCCCACCUCAUCAGACAUCAGAUCCAUGUACCCGAAUUAAAUUGACUGUGCAAUUGUCAAUAGAGCUACAUUGGGCCGAACCCCAAGAACAACACAAUGCACAACUCUAUUCUCUAGUUUUCUCUACUCAACAGUCAACACAAAAUAUUUCUGGAACUGUGUUUCUCCAUUUCCACUACUUUUCCAGGAUAUAGAGAAAGAAACUGAAGCAAUAUUCAUUGAAGUUCCAAUUUUACGCCAAUUCCAAUCCAAGUUUUAUCGACGGAAGUAUAAAAUUCUGAAUUGUUUGAAGAAAAAUGGAGAAUGAUAGAAAACCACCCCCAAUUUUUUGUUUGAAAUGGCCAUGGGAUAAUAAUGCCAUUAGCCAACACCAGAAAAACCCUAGAAAUAGUCCUUGUGAUUUCGAUACGCCGUGGGUCUUCAAAUCAUUACAAACCCUAGGAACCCUUUCUUUCAAUUUCAUUAAUUCAAUCUCAAAAACCCCUUCAAACAACAAUUCCCCACUUAAAAGUUCCCUAUUCUAUUUUGCCGGUUUUUGGCAGAACAAUAAAAGUAGCAAUGAGGUUGAUGUUAAAAGCCUCAAUAGUGGUUUGGAAUUGAAGAAGAAGCAACCUUUGAGAAAGGGUUUAACCCCGGAAGAACAAGCGGAAGCGGAGCAGAGAGCUUUUGCAAUGGCAUUGGCUAGUGGGAAAGAGGCAACAGUUCUUGAGUUCUAUUCCCCUAAUUGUAGACUUUGCAAUUCGCUUCUCGGGUUUGUGACAGAAGUUGAGAAUCGCAAUGCUGAUUGGCUUAACAUUGUCAUGGCUGAUGCUGAGAAUGAGAAAUGGCUACCUGAGCUUCUUCAUUAUGACAUAAAAUAUGUUCCUUGCUUUGUUAUCAUGGACAAGCAUGGGAGGGCGUUGGCUAAGACUGGUGUUCCUAGCAGUAGGCUACAUGUAGUUGCAGGCAUUUCCCAUCUUCUGAAAUUUAAACGUCCUCAACAGCAUUGAAUACCAGAAUUUAAUAUGCUCAAACACUGUAUACUGGAUUUCUAUUUCUCAUUGCUCCUCAACAUUAUCCAUUGGUGGUAAAUUUAUCUUAGUGAUCAUAUGUCUAAUAUCUUGAAUUUUUAUGCUCCUUACUCUCUUUCACUAUAACAUUUUUUGGAGUUUUCAAUUUUUCAUAGAGUGCAAUAGCUUCAUUAUUUUAACCAAUGUAUUAUAGUAUGGACGUUAUAGUAUGUUGCUGAAUACUUUGUCUAUAUGCCACAAAUCACAAAUGAUUGUAUAUUUAAUAAUCUUUUCUAAUUUCUUAUAAAAUGAUUUAUAAGAUAUUGCAAGUUAAAUGUAUUUUCUAGGAGUGCUAUGAUCCGACCAUAGUUACUCCUUACAUUUUUUUUUCUUUCUUAGUGUUACGCAUUGACCACCACAUAGUUCUAGGUAGUUUGGUUGUCUUUUAUAUAUUAAAAUGUGAGUGAUGUUGUUGGGGUAUUAAAAAAUUAUAAGAAAAGAUACUUGAGAUAAUAGUUUAUUAAAAAGUAUGGGAUAUGAGAGAUGAUGUAUAUCUUAAAAAGGAGUAAUGGGUAUGUGUGGGGACUGGGGAGUGGGGACCAUAAGAAGAGAGAUGUAAUAUAAAAUUGUAGUAAUUUGCCAAAAAAGAAAGUGUAACACUUUAAAAAAAACACACAUUAAGGAAGUGUAACACAGAAAGAAAAAAAAAAGGGAGUAUUACAUAUGGUUGUUCAAUCUGGUGGGUUGGAUAACUUGAUUUCCUUUUUGUUUACUCUCCCCCUUUUUUAUGGUUUAGUUCUAUUUCCCUAUUUACUGAUGCACUUGUUGUUACUCAUAUGUUUUGAUCUUUGUGACUUUGUCUUACAUUUUGACAACAUAGAAUCUUGGCUUAAGAUUUUAUUCGACGUGUCUGAAACAACAUUCAGGAUCCUGACAUAUGAUAGAGUAUUAGUAUGUUGUGGACUUUCUGCUGCCAUUUAACCAGAGCAGAUUAGGCGCUGGUUCGAUUACGACAGGGUUGAUAUCCUUUCCCUUAAAUUCGUCCUAUGCCCAUAUCUAACAUAAAGUAAUGGGAGUAAGGGUUGAUGAGCUGCCUAAUACCCUUGAGUUACACUAUGAGUUCUUCCAAGUAUCUUUUUGCAAGGGAGUAGACUAGAAGUUGACCUUCUUGCCCUACAUUGGAGGACAGUUUAUCCAUAAAGCGUACACUGAAGCUCUUCAGGUGUCGGUAAUCCCUUUUCACCUGCUUGUUUUAUCUCUUUUGAAUGAUGCAGGUUAUGUAAAAGUGUAUAGCUUUAGAAAACCUGAUCUCUGACUGAGUAUUGUUUUCUUAACUUAGCAAAGAUGCACUGAACUGCUAAUAUUUAGCUAAAAUGAAAAUCUGAGUGAAAUCAUUGAAUAGGUCAUGCGCAAGACCGUCUGAAAGAGUUGUGAGUUGUGUUAUAUUUUGUGGGAGAUUGACUUUUGUACGUAACAGAUACAUAUAUGUGACAUUGUAGGACAUAGCUAUGUGAAUUGGAGGUAUCUCCUUUGCCAUUGUACCCCCAUUCGACUGUCUUUUACAAAAAUUUGCGAGAAAAAUUUUCUCUC